AUGAGCAGCAAAGUUGAUUUCGCACCAUUUCAACCACUGGAUGAAUUUCUUCUGGACUUAUCAAGGUUUCAGGCACCCAACUUCAGAAAUAUUGAUAAGUGGACAAACAGGAUUAUUAACAACUUGUUGUACUUCCAGACCAAUUACUUUGUUAUGGCUCUCAUAAUUUUUACACUGAUAGGAAUAUAUCAUCCUGUGGACAUGAUAGUUGGGUGUUUAACAUUAGCUGGAGCAAUCACCAUAUUCAUCACCAUUUCUAACAUGAAGCAAGAACUGAAAAGAUUUAAAAAAAAUUAUCCAAUAGUUGGCGUCUUGUGCAUCAUUGCUCUAUGCUACUUCUUCAUUUAUGUCCUUGGAUCUGUUGCUGUAUUUUGCUUUGGGAUCGCUUUUCCAUUAUUCAUUAUACUGUUGCAUGCCAGCUUUCGACUAAGAAGUUUAAAGAACAAAAUGUCAAACAAGAUGGAAUAUGUGGGACUGAAAAGAACUCCCAUGGGACUUUUGUUAGAGGGAAUUGGAUUGGAAGAACAAGCUGCCUCGUAA